AUGUUCAUCCGAGCCACUACCAUCGUCGCCAUCGCCGUGGUCGUCGUGACCUCCACCAGAGGGACAGAAUCGUGGCAAUGCGAUUGCCUGGACGGAAAACACGACGCUUACACCGAUUUUUGUCAAAAGAAUUACGAUACAAAAGAGUUGGUCGGUGUUCACGUCUCUCAGCAGUUCACGCCGCGCGACAUCAUUCCACGGAAUGCGGACGUCUGCACUUCGGCUGGCUUCAGUGCUACGUUGGACUAG